GUACUUGGAGCUUGGUUCCCCAUAUAGUAAGCUGGUGCCUUCACCUGGGUACAAAUAAGAUUUACGACAUGUUAUUUACUUCUUUUUUUUAUGUUUGAAAAAUUACUGGUUGCCCGGAGGCCUUUCCAGUUUCACCAGGACAUGUUAUUUACUGUUUCGUAAUAGAUUCGUUUGCGAUAGUUGUUUUUGUAUUAAAAGGCCAAAAUUGAGCCAUGACUGAUUUACAUCCGGAGCGCUUAAUUAAUUCAAAAACAUAAUUAAAAUUUAGUAUUAUGCUAGCUUGUUUCCAAGAUAAGCUAUAUUAUAGUCUUCUUAAAUGAAAUGGUCUCAAAAACAUUAAAUUUCAAACCUGUGAAUAAUAGAACAUUCAAGAUUCAAGAACAUUCAUUUCAACAUUAAAGAAUUUUCUAAGAGAUAGUCAGAUGAGAGCAAUUUAAUAAACAUCGCGGUUUACAAACAUACAAUCGAAGCAAUUGUAUUCGUUGAAGUCGGAUUAUGUCAGUUCGACUGUUGUUUCUUGCACAGUAUAGACAUUUUAAGAGAUAGUUCAGACGGAAUUCUUUAAAAAAAGAUAACAAAUUUACACUCAAGCAUUUCGGAUUUGUAUUUAAGUCAAAACGAGCCUGAUAUUAUUUUAGUUUUUUUUGCGAUUAGGCAUCUUUUACGCGAAGCAUCUUUUAACGAGCUUUCUGUGAAUGAUCAAAAUGCUGUUUCACGUUUUUGUGCUCUUCAGUUUGUUAAUUGUCGGGGAAGCAAUUAACAGAUCCGUUUACAAGAUAAUUCUCAUUCAGAAGGGUUACGCUCAGUUUCUGCAGUAUGACGUCGAAACACCCCCAUUGAAAGAGUUUACCUUUUGCUCUUGGAUUCGUGUUUACAAGACAAACGGUGAUCAAACAAUUUUUACCUACGUUGCAAACGGUAACAAUCGUAUCGUUAGGCUCUGUUUGGAUUCUGGCGGCCGUAACUUGAAGCUAUCUAUUGACGGUAGAGUCACGUCUAGCACCGCUGUUGACAUAGUAAAAGAUGCCUGGAAACACAUAUGUCUGUCUUAUCAAUCGGACUACGGAGCUUGGGCCUUGUACGUUGAUUCCAGGCUUGUUUCUUGCGAGGCAGCACAAAGCCUUUAUGGUCAUGUACUCCCAGGAGGUGGAAGUAUUAUUGUGGGAUACGGCACCGCUGACAAUGGGUCAUCAAAUGGUUUAGAAGGUGAAAUUUUUGGCGUGAAUAUGAUUCUUGCUUCAACUAUCGAAAAAAAUUAUACGAAUAAAAAUGACCCACAACACACGCAGAAACCUUUUUCCAAAAACAAGCUAAAAACUCAACAUCGUAAUAACUACAUCAUUCUUGGAGAUCUACAAACUGAUGAAAUUCACAACAAUUUCGAAAAUACUCCUUUUCAGCCAGUAGUCACCAAUGAAACAAAAAGUUUUAUAAAAUUCAGGACUCCUUAUAGUUUCGUUGAACAUGAAGUCGGUGUUAAUUUAACACCCACUAAAACAGACAGCGAUACUUCUAAAGAAAUUUUUUAUUUUAAAUUACCCAAUCAUUCUAGGUCUACAACAAAAAAUCCAAUGAAUUUUUGGAAUUUCGUCAAUGACGCUGGUCAUGCCGGAAAAUUUAAAACUACCACAAAAACAUUAAGUAGAACCGAACAAUCCGUAACUGGAACUCAUGAAUUGCCAAUUAUAUCAGAAUUUGAAACUCCACCCCCGCUGAUCCCUCCGAAGCAAAAAUUGAAAUCUCAAUUAUUUGAAGUUGAAAAGCCACCAUUAUCUUUUUAUAAAAUAAACGAUGAUUCCAGUAUUCGAAAUAAAAACUCUAGCUACAGUAAAUAUCUGAAUACGAUAUCAGAAGUUGAAACGCCUCCACCAGUUCAAAAGAAUACAAAAGUUUAUGGUCAAUGGACGAGUUCAAAAUUUGCUGGCAGUGUAUUAAAUUAUUUGAAAAGUAUUAAUUUUUAUAAUAGAGAACAUAAAAAAGUGCCAUCAACGAUACCUCUAAUAAAGUUAUCCGAUUCGUUUCCCUAUCCUUCAGAAUUAAAAAUAACUAAAUUGCGGCCACCUCCACAAUUUCAGCGGCGUAAUUUGGUUGAAAGAAGAUUCGAUACAAAUAAAAAAAAUGCUCAAAUUAAUGUACAAAUACUUGAAGAUGACUUGAGAAGUAGUAUAAUCAAGACUCAUGCGAUGACUCAACCUAAACAAGUAAAAAUUACAAGUCGAGGUACAUCUAAGAAAAACAAAGAGCACAGAUUCUACAGAAAUGUUGAUGAUCAAAAUAGUGAUGAAAGUAGUAAUAGUGUUGAAGAAGUCUUGAAACCACAACCGUUUUCUUUACCGAAAAAUACAAAAAGUCUUAAAUAUUCACCACAAGUCACGCUUCAACACAAUAAUCUCCUAACCAUAUUACCUUUUUUAAAAUCACUAGAAUAUUUCUUUGAAGAUUCACAAAAUACCGAGUCAAAAAGAGUUGAAGAUAUGUAUACAAAAAGUUUAUCAAACGGGAACAAAUGGCACAAUGUAAAGACUUACAGCAACGAUUUUACACCGCGACAAAUCAAUAUGGAUUCUGAUGGAAAAUCUGGGUUCGACAAAAAGAUUUCUGCUUUCAAUAAAAAGUAUCCAUCGGCCCUGGUUAAAUAUAGAAAUCAAAAUCACAAACUUGAUAAAAACGAGGAAGCAACCCUUCUGAAAGGACGUGAAUUGGCUGUGGAAGUAUCAAACCAGUCUGAUUCUAAUAAAAAUUCAAUAUCCAUACUUAAAUAUAAUCACGGUUUUCUUCCCGAACACGAGAAGAAAGUUAAAAUCUCUGAUAAACUUAAUUUAGUGAUAUCCGGGAACUCGAAAGCCCGGAUCAACAAUAACUUCAAUAAAAACGUUAAAUUAGGCAACGCGUUGAAUGAACGUAAUGUUAUUGGCGUAGAUGAAGAACAGAAGAAAAAGAGUUUCGUUGGGGGUGACGAAACAGUUCCUGAUAUAAAUAGGUAUAGAUCAGAUUUAGACAAGGAAAGCGUGAGGAUUCCUGGAUCUUUAGGACCGAGAGUAUGUAAAAACGUGGAAUUAUAUGAUCGUGUACUAUACGUUCAACCAGAUGAAAGUAUUGACAUGACGCAUAUUUUGUCCCCUGUCAGGGCUAAGAAUGUUGGCAUAGAAUUUAUAGUACAGAACUACAAAAAAUGUUCAAUGGUCGAUUCAACGAUGAACAACAACGAAAUGCUUUUUAUUGAUUGGAAUAAAACUCCAGUUAGAUUGUUUGGUGGGGCUCAUACAAAAACUACUACAGAUCUUUGUGGAUUCUUCUAAAUGAAUAUUUAUUUGUACCAUUUUUGUUAAUAUUGUUCUCAGUAAAUUCUAAAUUCAGAAACUAAUAAGAA